CAUACAUACAAGUGUGAUUAAAACUAUGGCUUAUUAUUAUACUUGCAAUUUUCCUGAUAUAUACUCUUGGAUAAACAACUUACCACCAACUUCUAAAUGGAAAACAGACUCUAUUUCAAUUUGCAUUUCUCCUUCAUGUUCAUCUCAACCUUCCCUCAAACUCUCCAUAGCUAAAAAUUACCAUUUUUCCAUCGUCGCGGAUUAUAAUCUUCCUAUUUCCCUAUGGACCUCAAAACAGUUAAGAGUUAAAUAUAGUACAACAAAAUUAUUAGACGAUGAAUCAGUAUUCAGUUUCUUGAUUAAUAUCGUCCGCGAUGUACUUAACUAUGGUCCGAAUAAAAAUUAUAACUCGUUGUUCCUCAAGAUUCCACGAAUGGAUUUUAACAACUCCGAUUUUAAGGAAAUUUUCAAUUUCUCAUUUCUUACUUUGGCUUUCAUAAUUUGUAUCUAUGAAGCCCCUGCUGAUCUUAGGUCAACAUGUAUUAUUGCCCUGAAGAAUCAAUUUUCGUGUUCUCAAUCUAGACAAGCAUCAAAAUUGCUCGUGAGGAUUUUGGGAUCGAAUACUGAAGAGCAAUGGAUGCGUUCAGUAAAUCUAGCGAUAACUAAUUGGAUCUUGGAAAUAAAUUCCUCUUCUAAUCAUCAUGAUCAUGCGAUGAGAACGCCAUGUCCACUGUUUUCAUACUCAUUUUCGACACAAGGGCUAUGGAAAGUUCAGCUAUAUUGCCCUGUUAUUGCAAUGGAAGUCGAAACGUCUACUUAUAGUAGUUUAUCUGAUGAAAGUUUGAGGUUUUCCCUCAACUUUCAUCAGCUUGAAGGAGUGAUCCAAUUAAAUCAUAGAGUUAUCGUUCGAGAAAAGUGGAUUGAAGUAAUGGUGAACACCGAUAACAUUAGGUGUGAUGUUGUUAGGCUAGUGAAUGAAUCACUAAUGGCAGAGAGAGGUGCAGGGGUAUCAGAGAAGCAUUUCCCUUCAAGAAUAUCAUUGCAACUAACUCCAACACUUCAAUCCAAUGUGUUGAGCAUAUCAGUAAACAAGUCCUCUGACAAUCCCUUAAGAGAAAUUGGCAUCGAAAAGACCGUUGAAGCGGGAUUCGAUCCACCAAACACUUACAUGGGCUUAAAAGUCUCCGCGGGAGAGACAGUUGUUACGACCAUGAAGCCGUGGAAAUUUGAGCAAUCUGUUAAUGGAGAUGGUGCAAAUUUGAAUUGGUUUCUUCAUGAUAGUGGAAAUGGAAGAGAGGUAUUUUCGUCAAAGCCUUCUGUUUUUUCAUUAAUUCAGCCAAAAGCUUGGUUCAAGAACAGAUAUUCAAGUGUUAAUAGGCCUUUUACUAAGCAAGGAGGGGUAAUUUUUGCUGGAGAUGAAUAUGGAGAAAGUGUGUGUUGGAAAGUGGAUAAAAGGGCUAUAGGAAAAACAAUGGAAUGGGAAUUGAAAGGGAGACUUUGGUUAACAUAUUGGCCAAAUAAACAUAUAACUCCUUAUGCUGAGACUAGAAGAUUGGAAUUUAGAGAAGUGCUUCAUCUCAAACUUGCAUAGUUAAUAUUUGUUGUUAUUGAUUAUUUCGGAUAGAUGGUUUAUGUUACAUCUUCUUCUUCAAGUGUGUGCGCUCUAGCUGCUUAGCCUGCAUGAAUGUGGGAUGCUUCGUCUGUUGAGCUGGCCUUUUUAUUAUGUGUUGUAAAGUUAUAUUUGUUGAAUUGAUUGUCAAAAUGAUGCUUGCGUCUAAGGUUGGUAGGUUGUCUACAUCACAACCGUUGAGAUGCAGCUUUUAUAAUACUAAUUAUUAUUAUUGGCA